AUGGCGGCACCGGCCCCAGCCCCAGCCCCGGCCCCGGCCUUGAACUCUCAAGACGUUAUCAACAAUUUUUGGAAGGCCAGUCUUGGAAAUGGAAGCACCAUUAUUAAACCGCCCUCCGUCCUUCCUGCCAACCUCUACACCCAGAUGGUUCGGAAACACGCCCCCAAGGGUAUUGCAAGGGGGCGAUGCAUCACCGAAUCCUACCAUGCCGCAGUCAAAGAAUGUGAAGCCAGAGUCGCAAAAAUCGUGGCUGACUGUACAAGGACUAAUACCAAAUACAACGACCCCCAUUUCGACCUCGACGAUAUGGAUUACUGCUUGGUCCCGUUGACCGCCGCACCGGCCUCAUCUGGACCACUCCAUGAGAAAGAGGACCAUGCCAUUCUACAACCCGAUGCGCUGAAGGGAAUAGGGACAGCGAAGCAGGCCGUCUCGGGCAAUGCCCAGCAUAACCAACCAGGCCAGUCGGCAUCCGCGGCCUGUAGACCAGCCUGCGCCAGACGAGUGGGAUGCAUCUUCGACAAUCCGCAGUUUUAUGUGACCCAAGACGCAUAUGGUAGAGAUAUCUGCCAGGGAGCAGAAGGCGACUGCUGCUUUAUCUCCUCCCUGAGAUCUCUAUGCGUCGAUGCCGAAAUCCCUCACCUGAUCGCGAAGAUAUGCCCCCCCUCAUGCCGCGAUGAGACGAUUGGUGUCUAUGGCUUUGUAUUCAGUCGUGACGGGGAAUGGGUAUGUGAAAUAAUUGAUGACAAGCUGUAUAUGAAUGUGGCCGACUAUGAUAGUUAUCCCGAUGGGAGAAGAGCAGCUUGGGAUGCCUCUCACUCAGAACUGGACCCCGAAGCGCGGAGAAAGCUCUGGAAGACAACUUUCCAAAGAAAUUCGGAUGCGCUUUACUAUGCUAGCUCUGUUCAUCCACAGGAAACUUGGGUUCCCUUAAUUGAAAAGGCCUUUGCCAAAGCUCAUGGCGGCUUCGAGGCUAUUGAUGGCGGCUGGCCGGGUGAGGGUAUAGAAGACCUCACGGGCGGCAUAACAACAGUAAUUGCCUCCGCUGACGUUCUUGACCGAGACCAGCUAUGGAAUGAAGGCUUCCUUGACGUGAACAAGGAGUUCCUCUUCGGAGCCAGUGCCAGUCCCAGGGAACUAGGCCGACACGGUAUCGAGGAUGACCAUACAUACUCCAUUCUUCGAGCUGUAGAGUAUGGAGGUGAACGUCUCCUCAUGGUUAGGAACCCUUGGGGCCAGAGAGAAUGGAAGGGACCCUGGAGCGACGGAUCCAAGGAGUGGACAGCGAAAGCCCUUCAAGAUCUUGAUUACAAAUUCGGGAAGGGGGGCAUAUUUUGGAUGCCAUAUGAGGACUUCCUCGGGCGUUUCGUCCAAAUUUGGCACACGCGACUCUUUACUCCAGAAUGGAAUGUUUCCCAGCGUUGGACGACAAUCCAGGUCCCCUGGUCUGGUGCCUACAACCCCACAAGAUUCGAGUUCACCCUGAUCGCCCCCGCCCGAACCAUGGUCGUCCUCUCCCAACUCGAUUCCCGCUACUUUGGCGGUCUGACCGGGCAAUACAGUUACAAAGUAGCGUUUAGUCUCCACUCAUGCGGCGAAACUAGCUAUAUGAUCCGCGGCCAUCCAUCCGGUGAUCGCUCUGCUGUUGCGGAAGUCGAUCUCGAGCCAGGAACGUACGAGGUGCGGAUACAGGUACAGGGGCGUAGGGAUAAGACACAACCGAAGAUCGAGGACGUCAUCGAGCAGAAUUGGCUCUCCAGACGUGAUAAACUCAUCCACAUAGGUCUUUCAUACGACCUUGCUCACGCCAAAGGCCAACCCAAAACCAAGGGCGUUGGAGCAGCUAUCAACGAGGCCGUCUCUGCUGCUGUCCAAGACCCCAACCCAUCUACUGACCCAUACACAGUGACGGAUGCAGGUCUUGAAAGUGUCCUCCCCACUCCAGGAGAUCCAGAAAACAGCCCCGCAACCGACCCUACGGCUUCCGCCCCCACCAUCUCGGAUGAUACCUGGAACGCACCGCUUGUGAUAGGAUUGCGUGUAUUCUGCCUUAACACGAAAGCGACGAUCAAGCUCGUUGACCCGAAGCAGAAACGGCCUAUCAUCUGGAUGAAACGGACCUGGAGGACGAGGAUGAAGAAGAGAUGUGCUGAUAAAGCGGGGCGGAACGAAAGAGCUGAAGUGGAUGAUAGUGAGUGAAGCAGAUUGUCUCUGGAAGAUGGGGAGGGAGAGAGGGGAUAGCAUAGCAACCCGCUUAGGUAGGAGAUAGGAAUCGGAGG